UUGAAAACAUGCUUGAUACUCAUGAAAUAUGUUGAGGGUUAAAAAAACAAGAUCCCAGACAUUAAAAAAAUUCUAAUAAUAAAGUCAUUAUUUAGUUAUUUCAAUUUUCAAUUUGAAACUAUUUGAAUUUCCCACCACACACAACUUUAGAUUAGUUCCACAUGUGGCCGCUAGGGAUUUUUUGAUGACGUAGGUCGUGUCAGUCAGAACAAAGCAAGAUGGCUUCCGCAUACAGUUCAGAGAGUGAGAGCAGUGAAUUUGAGGAUGUUUUGGUCGAUACAGAAGGAUAUUUAAACGUUGAGCCAUACAUGUUCGAGCCAUUGAUAUCACUAGAUCAUAAUGAGAGUGAUCAUUCGGACGAAAGUGAUGAGGAAGUGGAGGAUGAACGCCCUGAACGUGCAGGCAACAGAAAAUGGUGUGACUGUGGAAACUGCACAGCUCAAAUCACUGGAACAGAGUCGAUGUGCUGCAGUGACUAUUCCCCAGUUCUGGCCAAGAAGGAAAGUUAUGAGCCAGAUGGAGUUGCCUGCAUAACUCUGCAUCCCGGAUUCGCAAGCAACUGCCUUGACCGAUAUGUCCUGGAAAGUGCCAUGUAUGAAUUUAUCCAAGAUCAAGGGCCAAUAGGAAAUGAUCAGCCAAUGCACAAGUUAUGGAGAUACCUUGCAUACCGCAGAUUUGUGCGCUGGUGCUGGCAACGUUUGGGCAAAAAGCAAAGACUUCCUCUUCCAGUCUGUGCUCGUGACAAGAUUCGCUCUACCUGGCCCUCAGAGGAGUACACUGGCUUUCGUUAUCCAAAGAGUUGAGCGUCCGAUUAAAUCGAGUCUUCCGGCUAUCCACGACCUCAAGUUUGGUUUGACGUUUCGUGUAUUUCGUACAGACUGGCUUGGGGGUAGACUUGAUGCGAUCUUCUCUAUUGGCCAAUGCAGUGCUGUACGAGGGCAUUUUCUCUCGAAGUCUCAAUACCUCAUUCAGUAGAAGUUCAAUGUAUUCUGAAAAGGAACGAAUAUUUUGAUUUUUUUUGAACAAUAAAUAUUUUGUAUUUAUAGGAUGUCCUGUUUGUUUUUGGUGACACAAGAUCAUCUCCAUGAAAUACCUCUGGAAAUGGAAAUGGUGUUCACAGUCAAG